UGUAUUUAUGCAAAAUGAAAAACAUGCAGAAAUCAUCACCGUCCAAACUCCAUCGGACGGCUUCCCAACAAAUUCGUUAGUAAGUAGUUAAGUCAUUACAGCAUGCAGGAAGAUAUCUUCGUCUCGGAACGAAAGGCACGUGGUUUUAUUCUCUUUGAUUUUGACAAGUCAAGAGGAAAGAAGUUUUUCCUAUAAUUCUACACGUGGCCGUUAUUCCUAAACACUCGCUACUAACUAAAAAAUUUCUCUACGUAACACUCAAGAAAUUGAUACUUUCCAUUUUCAUGAACCGAUUCUCCAGCUUUCUCUGCAUUUAAAUCUUCUGUGUCUUUCUUUUACUUGGUGAUAAAAGAAAAAAAAAGUAGGGUUUUGUUUUCUUGGCAGUAACAAGAAUGGUCAGCUACACAUUCUACGCAAAGGCCUUGAGGCUGUUUCAGGCCUACCCUUCAUUGUCUAAGAUUCUCAUCGUCUCCACCGUCGGUGGUGGUAGUCUGCUGGCCUUUUCUGAUGACUGCAGACCAUUCCUAAGAGUGUUUACUGAUGGUGGUCAACAGCCUGAAUCUAAGAAAAAGAAGGUGGUGGUGCUUGGAACCGGAUGGGCUGCCACCAGUUUCUUAAAAUAUCUGAAAAGUGAGUCCUACGAAGUUCAAGUGGUGUCUCCCCGCAAUUAUUUUGCUUUUACUCCAUUGUUACCAAGUGUGACUAAUGGAACGGUGGAAGCACGCAGCAUUGUUGAGCCUAUUCGCAACAUUUUGAGCAAGAGACCUUAUCAAAUUGACUUCAAGGAAGCUGAAUGUUUCAAGAUCGACGCAAGCAACAAGACACUUCAUUGUAGGUCUGCUCAAGUCACCAAUUUAGGAGGCAAAGAAGAAUUUACAGUGGAUUAUGACAUCUUGAUUAUAGCUGUGGGAGCUCAAGUAAAUACAUUUAACACCCCUGGUGUUUCAGAAUAUGCACACUUUCUCAAGGAAGUGGAAGAUGCUCAGAAGCUCCGAAACACAUUGGUUGAUUGUUUUGAAAGGGCAAAUCUUCCCAGUGUAAGUGAUGAAGAGAGGAAGAGGAUCUUGCAUUUUGUUGUCGUUGGCGGUGGUCCAGUUGGUGUUGAGUUUGCUGCAGAGCUUCAUGACGUUGUAGUUCAGGAUAUAGCUAAACUAUAUCCUUCUGUCAAUAACCUUGCAAAAAUUACACUUCUUGAAGCAGGCGAUCAUAUCUUAAACAUGUAUGACAAAAGGAUUACCAAAUUUGCUGAAACAAAGUUCCAACGAGAUGGUAUUGACUUGAAGACAGGGUCAAUGGUAACAAAACUGUCUGCAAAGGAUGUUUCCACUAAAGAUAGAGCAACUGGCGAAUGUGGUUCCAUCCCAUAUGGAUUGGUUGUCUGGUCCACCGGUAUUGCACCUCGUCCAGUCAUAUUGGACUUCAUGAAACAAAUCGGGCAGGGUAGCAGGCGUGUUUUAGCAACAGAUGAAUGGCUGAGAGUUGAAGGAUGUGAUAGUGUAUAUGCUCUGGGUGAUUGUGCUACCAUCAAUCAACGCAAAGCCAUGGAAGAUAUAUUAGCCAUUUUCGGCCAGGUAAAAAAGGAUGAUACUAAUUUUUUAAACAAACAAGAGUUCAGAAAAGUUAUAGGAGACAUCACAGAAAGGUACCCUCAAGUGCAGCUUUAUUUGAAGAAGAGCAAAGUAAAAAACAUGGUUGCUUUACUAGACAAAUAUGAAGGAGAAAUUGAUAUUGAAAAAUUUAAGGAAGCUCUCUCACAAGUGGAUUCUCAGAUGAAAAAUCUACCCGCAACAGCUCAGGUCGCUGCUCAACAAGGUGAGUACCUCGCAAAAUGUUUCAAUCGAAUGGAGAAAUGUGAACAGAAUCCUGAAGGUCCUCGCAGGUUUCGAACAACAGGCCACCACCGUUUUCAUCCCUUCAGGUAUAAACAUUUUGGGCAAUUUGCUCCACUAGGAGGAGAACAGACUGCAGCUCAACUUCCUGGAGACUGGGUUUCAAUUGGUCAUAGCACCCAGUGGCUUUGGUACUCAAUCUAUGCAAGCAAGCUAGUCAGCUGGCGCACUAGGAUGCUGGUGGUAUCUGACUGGUUUAGACGGUUCACAUUUGGAAGGGACACCAGUCGGAUCUGAGAAAUGUUUCCAUUAAGUUUUUCCUAUAGAGCUAGAUCUUGCUUCGUCUAAAAGGGUUUUAGAAAUCGGUUGGUAGUUUCCUAACAUUCUGCGAAAAUCAAAUUUCAAUAAUUUUUGUUUUAUUUCGGAUCUGGAUAGCCUUUUACUGUGACAACACAUUCUUCUGUCUCGCUUUCUAUUACAGUUAAUAAGCAUGUUAGA